AUGAGAUUUUUAUUUACAAGACCAACAAGUACAGUCUCGCGGAUUAAAGCUGCACUGUUUUUGACCAUAAUAACUGGUACUUCUCUCUGCUUGUAUAUUUAUACUUGUGUUCCGGGGGAAGCAGCAAAGUUCCCGGAAUGUGUUCCAUCAAGGAUCUACUCGAGCAGUCUCCCUACUACAGGACGAUCAGAACCUAAAUAUGGUCAUCCAUCAUUAGACUAUCAUAAAAACUACACAAGGAACAAAUUCACCGUUGUUAUGCCAACUCAUAACCGUAACCUUCAAUUGCUGACGGUCAUAGGUCAUUAUUGCAACAUUUCCAAUGUACAUAAAAUAUUAGUCCUGUGGAAUAAUGUUGGGGAGCCAGUGCCUGGUCCAAUAAAGGAUUUCAAAUGCCAAGUACCAGUGAAGAUUAAGAUUAUGAAGGAAAAUAAAUUAACGUCACGAUUUAGGCCUUACCCAGAAAUAGAGACUGAAGUAAUAUUUUCAGUUGAUGAUGAUCGAAUGGUUGAUCCUCAUGGUAUGGAAAAAGGUUUUGCUGCAUGGCAGGCAUUUCCUCAUCUUCUAGUUGGUCAUUGUCCAAGACCUCAUUCAUUUCAAGACAGUCAAUAUAAAUACUGUGGCAAACGAGACCCUCAUUAUUAUUCAAUGAUACUCACAGAUACACUUCCAGAAGCACUUCACACUUUCAAAGACAAGAAUAUGAAUGGAGAAGACAUAAUAAUGAAUGCCACGGUUGCUGAUUAUCUGAAAGAGUUAGACGGACCACAGUGCUCUGGUUUAUUUGUCAAUAGCUCAACUGAUGAGAUUCAUAUCAAACCAAACCGGGCUAGUCUUUGGCAGCGUGAAGAUCAUGUUAAGAAGAGAAAUGACUGCUUAAACUUGAUUGUUAGUGUAUAUGGAUACAUGCCUUUAAUGUCAUGUGAAUUGCAAUGA